GUAAUUAUUAUAGUUGGAGGGUUUGAAAUACCAAAAAAUCUUAAAAACAUAUUAGAAAAAGCAAUACGUGAAGUGAAAGCAAAACCUGAAAUUUUGAAACAAGCGAUAAAUGAUGUAAAAGAACUACCAGAAAUAUCGGAACAUCAACAAUAUUUUCAGGAAGUUGAUCAACAACUUAAAGAUCUUGAAAAAGUUUUGAAAAUCAAAGAUUUUCAUAUAAGUGAUUUGGCAUUUAAUAUUCUUUUCAAUAUAAAAACUGAAAAUUUUUUAUUUAUUGAAAAAGCAAAUAAUUUUGACUUAGAAAGCAUUUUUUCAAAUGAAAUUGAUUUAUUAACUGGCGACAUUGAUAAAUAUUUAAAAUUUUUACCUAAAUGGAAUAGUUAUUGUACCAAGAUUAUUAAUCAAUUUGAAGAUUUUAAUAAUUUUAUCAAUAAUAUAAAAGAUAGUUUGUUUUAUUUUGAAAUUCAAGAAAAAUUAUUAACUAAAAUGGGUAAAAUAAGAGAAGAAUUAUGCGAUAAGUCAGUAGAAAUUGAUGAACAUGAAGCUAAGAAGAAGAAUAGUUUUAUUAGACAAAAAUAUUAUGAAGAGUGUGCAGCAAAGAGAUUAAAGCUUUUUAAUUCAAUUUCUAUUCAAAACAUAUUAGAUUUUUUGAAAAAACUUAAUUAUGAGUUGGAACAAACUGAUUUAGUAGAUUUAGUAGAAGUUUAUAAGAAAAGUGAAUUAUGUUUAAAAGAUUGUUGUCUUGAUUAUAUUAUAGAAAAUUUGUCAAAAAUAG